UCCUCGCUUGGCUGCCAACUGGGAAGGGUGCUGGGAGCCAGAGAGCACAGACGGGCUGCCAGGGAGGAAUGGUGCAGGACUGCAGACUUGAGAACCUCGGGGUCCGGCACCCCAGCCAGCUCCCCGCCCUUUAGAUGGCGCCCCUUCCGAGCGCCGUGGCCCUCCUCUUCUUGUUGGCCGCUCACUGGCCCGGCGCCGGGGCUCAGUUUUUUAACUGGUGGGGCCUGAAGGCGACCGAAGCCCCCCCGGGAACCCUCCCGGCCACCUCGGCGCCUCAGGGCGGGCCUGCCCCCUCUGCAGGGCCCGCAGCCCCCAGCGCAGGCCCGGCAGCCGCGAGCAGCGCCCCCGGGGCGAUCCCGGAGGAGCUGACGGAGCCCGGCUCCCCCGCCCCCGCCAAUGCCAGCGCUGCCCCGACCCCCUCGCGGGCGCCCCCCGGGAGGGCGGACCUCAAGGAGGAGAACCUCGCCGGCGUGGGCGCCAAGAUCCUGAACGUGGCCCAGGGGAUCCGCAGUCUGGUUCAGUUCUGGAAUGAGAGCAGCGAAGCGGAGAGAUCCGCCGAGGGGGAGGCGGCGGCCGGCGCCCCCGCGACCCUUCCCACGCUCCCCUCGGCCGGGGCCGGGGCGGAGCCCAGCGCCCCGGGGAGCGUGAGCACCCAGGCUGCCGGAGAGGCUUCCCCGCCCGACGCCCCCCGCCCGACCUCCUCCUCGGCCCCCCCUCCGGGAAGCGGGGCCCCGGAGCUGGCCCCGGGACAGCCCUCGGCCCCUCCCCCAGGUAAAAACGUGAGCGCUGAGGUGAGCCUCGCGCAGCUGCUUGGGCAGCCGCCCCCCCAGCAUGUCUCCCAGGUCUACGACCCCGACAGCGGCCCGGCCUACGUCUUCGGGCCGGACGCCAGCGGCGGGCAGGUGGCGCGCUACCACGUGCCCAGCCCUUUCUACCGGGACUUCUCGCUGCUCUUCCACGUCAAGCCCACCAGCGCGCGGGCAGGGGUGCUGCUGGCGCUCACGGACGCGGCCCAGGCAGUCAUCUCGGUGGGCGUGAAGCUCUCGGCUCCACGUGGCGGCAAGCAGGACGUGCUCUUCUUCUACACGGAGCCGGGCGCCAGCGAGACGCGCACGGCGGCCAGCUUCAGCCUGCCCUCCUUCGUGAACCAGUGGACGCGCUUUGCCCUCAGCGUGGACGGUGACGAGGUGGCGCUCUAUGUCAACUGCAAGGAGAUUCAGAGGCUCCCGCUGGCGCGGUCUGCACAGGAGCUGGAGCUGGAGCCUGGGGCCGGCCUCUUCGUGGCCCAGGCAGGUGGCGCUGACCCUGAUAAGUUUCAGGGGGUGAUCUCCGAGCUAAAGCUGCGAGGGGACCCCCGGGUGACCCUGCUGCAGUGUCUGGAUGAUGACGAUGAAGACAGUGAUGGGGCGUCCGGAGACUUUGGAAGCGGAGAGUAUGAGCAGGGGGGAGCCUCGGGGUCGCACAUGGGAGGGCAACGGGAGAACCCUCGACGUCUUUCCUCCCAGGGGGCCCCCUUGUUGCCCAGGCUCCCCGAGGCCCCACCGGUCACGCUGCCGCCCCUGGACAGGAUCCCCACGAGUUCGCAGCCGAGCCUUGUGGAGGCAGGAGCCUCCUCUGGAGCUCAGCUCGCUCCUAGCGGGGAGGAGGGGGCCCAAGGCUCGGGCAGGCCUGAAGGGGCUCAGGACCAGGACGGGAGAGGAGCAGAGGAAGGCCCCAGAUACGAGACUCCAGGCUUGAAGGGGCAGAAAGGUGAGCCCGGGGCUCGGGGCCCGCCCGGGCCCGUCGGUCCCCAGGGCCCCGCCGGCCCCACUCUCCACAACCCAGACGGUUCCACGGCGCAGCAGGUCCCCGGGCCGCAGGGGCCUCCGGGCAAGGACGGAGAGCCCGGGGAUCCCGGUGAGGACGGAAAGCCGGGCGAGAUGGGGCCUCAGGGCUUCCCGGGAACCCCAGGAGACGUGGGGCCCAAGGGCGAGAAGGGAGAUCCUGGCAUUGGGCCGAUGGGCCCCCCUGGUCCCCCAGGACCCCCGGGACCUCCCGGACCUGCUUUCCGACCCGACAAGUUGACUUUUAUCGACAUGGAAGGCUCUGGCUUUGGAGGGGACCUGGAGAGCAUACGGGGUCCUCGAGGAUUCCCAGGGCCCCCGGGGCCCCCAGGCGUGCCAGGCUUACCAGGAGAGCCGGGGCGGUUUGGAAUGAACAGCACCGGUGGACCGGCCCCCCCGGGCCUUCCUGGGGUGCCAGGAAGAGAUGGCUCUCCCGGAUCCCGAGGACCCCCGGGCCCCGCAGGGCUUCCAGGAAAGGACGGGCAGCAAGGCCCCCAGGGACCGAAAGGAGACCGGGGCGACGUGGGCUCCCCAGGACUGAAGGGCAGCAAGGGAGAGGCCGGCCCGGUUGGCGCCCCGGGUGAAACGGGCUUGGCUGGUCUCCCGGGACCCAUGGGCCCUCGAGGACUGCCGGGCCCCCCCGGGCCUCCUGGCCCCGGCUGGAGAGCUGGAUUUGAUGACAUGGAAGGCUCAGGGGGGCCGUUCUGGAGCGCCGGCCCGGGCACGCGAGGGGCCGCGGGACCGCAGGGACUGCCCGGCUUUCCUGGGCUCAAGGGUGACCAGGGCGUGGCUGGACUCCCCGGAGAGAAGGGAGAUCCCGGCCUUCCUGGGCUGCGGGGGCGUGAAGGCGAGCCAGGGGCUCAGGGCCCAAAAGGGGAUGCAGGAAGCCCCGGGCAGAAGGGAGAACCAGGGAAGGAUGGGGUGGGGCAGCCCGGCCCCCCCGGGCCCCCCGGACCCCCGGGAGAGCUGACCUACGUGUCCGAGGACAGGAGAACACUGGCCGGCGUGGCAGGACGGGAGGGCAGACCCGGCUACGCUGGAUUCCCGGGCCCAGCUGGUCCCAAGGGAGAUAACGGGCUGCCGGGCUUCCCGGGAGCCAAGGGGGAGAAGGGUGAGCCUGGAAGGGUCCUCACGAUGGCUGAGAAAGGAGACAAGGGGGAGCAAGGCCACAGGGGGCCUCCGGGCCCAUACGGGCGGCCGGGGUACAAAGGCGAAAUCGGAAUGCCGGGAAGACCGGGCCGCCCGGGCAUGAAUGGCCUGAAGGGUGAGAAGGGGGAGCCUGCAGACGCCGGCAGAGGCGUAGGACCGAGGGGCCCUCCUGGACUCCCAGGGCCCCCGGGCCCCCCGGGCCCCCCAGGCUCCUUUGGUACUUCUUUCUAUGACAAUAAUGGAUUCCUUGAGCCCGGCCGCCCUGGGCCUCCGGGACUGCCAGGUUACCAAGGCCCCCCCGGAGCCAAGGGCGAUAAGGGAGAAGCCGGACCUGCCGGGCCGCCAGGGCUCCUGCCGUAUGAUUUCAGCUCCCUGGUUGAGCACAUGAAGGGAGAGAAGGGGGAAGCAGGCACAAAAGGAGAACGGGGGGAACCCGGCAGUGGAGGAUUUUUCAGCUCCGGAGUCCCGGGCCUGCCCGGCCCCCCUGGCCCCCCGGGGUACCCCGGAGUUCCGGGUCCCAAGGGAGAGAGCAUCAGGGGUCAGCCUGGGCCCCCGGGGCCUCAGGGGCCUCCGGGCAUAGGCUACGAGGGACGACAGGGCCCCCCCGGCCCCCCCGGCCCUCCAGGACCACCAUCGUUCCCGGGACCGCACAGGCAGACUAUCAGUGUUCCUGGCCCCCCCGGACCCCCAGGUCCCCCGGGCCCUCCCGGGACUUCAGGGACAUCAUCAGGGCAGCUGAGGCUGUGGAGCAGCUACCAGAGCAUGCUGCAGCAGGCCCACGAGGUGCCUGAGGGCUGGCUGGUCUACGUGGCCGACAGGGAGGAGCUGUUCGUGCGCGUGCGCGGCGGCCUCAGGAAGGUCCCGCUCGAGGCCCGGAUCGCGCUCUCGCGGGGGGUGGAUAAUGAGGUCGCGGUCCUGCAGCCGCCCGUGGUGGAGUAUUCCCCGGGGAACCCGGCGCCCGCGGGCAGCCUCCCGUACCCCCGCCGGGGCCAUCCGCACUCCACCGCCAAGCCGUGGCGGGCGGACGACAUCCGGGCCGGCCCUCUCCGCUUCCCCGAGCACGGCGGGCAGCACCCCCCGUACCCCGGCGUCCAGCAGCAGCACCACGACCGUGUCCCCAGCUAUCAUGGUGCCUACACCAACGGGCGGCCGGCCCAGCCCACGGCCGCGCUGCCGCACGCCCACCACGAUUUCCAGCCUGCGCUCCAUCUCAUCGCUCUCAACGGUCCCCAGAGCGGCAGCAUGCGCGGCAUCCGGGGGGCCGACUUCCAGUGCUUCCAGCAGGCCCGCCAAGUGGGCCUGAUGGGCACCUUCAGGGCCUUCCUGUCCUCCCGGCUGCAGGACCUCUACAGCAUCGUGCGCAGGGCCGACCGCAGCAACGUGCCCAUCCUCAACCUCCAGGACGAGCUCCUCUUUGACAACUGGGAGGCGUUGUUCUCCGGCUCUGAAGGCCAGCUCCGGCCAGGCGCCCGCAUCCUCUCUUUCGACGGCAGGGACGUCCUGCAGCACGCCGCCUGGCCACAGAAGAGCGUGUGGCACGGCUCUGACGCCCAGGGACGCCGGCUGACGGAGAGCUACUGUGAGACCUGGCGCACGGACCAGGGCACCGCUACCGGCCAGGCGUCCUCCCUGUUCUCGGGCAGACUGCUGGAGCAGAAGGCCGUGAGCUGCCACAACUCCUUCAUUGUCCUCUGCAUUGAGAACAGCUUCAUGACCUCCUCCUCCUCCAAGUAGGAGCCUCCUCUGCCCCCCAGGGGUGGCUGAGGGACGGACGGACGCACGGAGGACAGGCCGGGUUCCGGGGAUGGCCCACAGCCCGGCCCCAGAGGGGCCCCAGACUGGCUCUGGCCCAGCCGGCCAGUGUCCCAUGUGGCCGCCCCGACUUUCAUGUAAUCGCUGAAGAAAUAAAAAGAAGCCAAAGAGUGUAUUUUUAAAAAA